AUGUCUUCUGCCUCUCGCGCGCCGACCAGCCCCUCGUCCUUCUCCACCUCGUCCCUCUUCGACGCCCUCCCCUCGCUCGCCCGGGCGCACCGCUCUCGCCCACAGCCCUCGAUGGGCCCGCCUGCGCCCUCGUCGACCUACCUCGACGUCGCCUCCGAGCCGUCCGAGACGCUCGACGCCACCUCCGGCGACCACAAGAAGGUCGAGCCGCUCGUCGUCGUCCUCUCGCUCAACGACACGCUCCUCAUCCGCUCGAAGCGCACGACCAAGGGCAGCGCCAACCCGAUCGUCCGCCCCUUCCUCGCCACCUUCCUGUCGUACCUCGUCGCCUCGCAGUCGCAGUCGGGUUCGUCCGAGGCCGAGAUCAAGGUCGAGGUCGGCAGCGUCGACGACGCCGCCAAGGUCGACAAGGUCCGCCCGAUCGAGGUCGCCGUCUACUCGGCCGCCCGUGCGCACAACGUCAACACCCUCCUGCGCGCCAUCGGCCUCGUCCCCUCGCCCGCCGUCAGCGCGCCGUUCCACCCGGGCCCGGCCGCCGACGACACGCUCGCGCUCGUCCUCAGUCGCGAGAUGAUGGGCCUCGACGACGGCGACUACAAGGACAACGUCGUCACGUGCAAGGACCUCGCCAAGGUGUGGGACGCGAUGGGCGUCGAGCACGGUGAGGGCGCGAGGCGCACGAUCCUCGUCGAGGAGGACGCGCAGGCGGCGGCCCCUCAGCCGUACUCGCACCUCCCGAUCCCGACCUUCCUCGUCUCGUCCCCUUCCUCGACCAUCCAGCGCCGCACCGUCCGCGAGGUCCCCUCGUCGGCCCCGCUCGACACGUCCCUCCUCUCGACGAUCCACCUCAUCGAGCUCCUGCGCCGCGAGGCGAACGUCGCCGCCGCGCUCAAGGGCGGGCUCGUGCGCCGCGCCGUCGACGACGCGAGGCGCGCCGUCAGCGAGAGGGAGGGCAGGGGCGAGAGGGAUCAGGUGAGCGACGCCGAGGUGAGGGACGAGAUGGCGCAGAGGGGGAGGGCCGUGUGCGCGAGGUACGGCGUCGAGGUGCGCAGGGAGUGGGACGACGACUGGAGGGCCAAGGUCGGGCGCGCGGCGCAGACGUCGGCUUAUACGGCGUGACGUCGAG